AAUUGCAAAUAAUAAUGGAUUGCUACUUCAUAAUUGUUAUUUUCUGAAACAACUUCCUAUAGUUGAUGGUAUUCUUUCUUCUUGUGCGUUGAUAUCUUGAUUUAUACUAUAUUUUUUUUUUCUUAAAAAAAAUGGUUUUGCGCGGCAAGAAGGGAAAAAGUCCUCCUUUUAUGAGUCAAGAAUUUAUAAUUCAAAAUCAUGGGGACAUUGUUUCGUGUGUUUGUAUGGUCGUUAUGGUUGGAUUAAUGUUUCAGGUUACUCAACCAUUGGCUCAAACAUUUAUUGCUGCUCAAUAUAAUGUCACCAAGGAAGCUGAUAGUGAUUCAGAUGUCAUGUACACUUCAGGCGUAAAAGAUUUAUGCACUAUAUUUUUUUAUACUCUUUGCUGGAUUGUGUUGCAUGCAAUUAUUCAGGAAUAUAUACUUGACAAAUUUAAUAAAAGAUUUCACAUGUCAAAAACAAAGUAUAACAAAUUCAAUGACUCCGGAAACAUUUUGCCAUUUUACUUACUUUCAAUAUGGUUCGCAAUUGAACAAAUUCAAAAGUUAGGGAUUAUGCAAAAUUUUUCAAAACUUUGGGAAAAUUAUCCUGCUCAAGAAAUGAGUUUUAUGAACAAGUUUUACUUCAUUCUCCAAAUUGCAUACUGGUUACACUGCUUUCCUGAAUUAUACUUUAUGAAAGUGAAAAAAGAAGAUGUCAAAGAGAAAGUUCCUAUUUACUGUCUCUACCUUGCAUUUAUUUCUGCAGCUUACAUAAUGAGUGGAACUCGAAUUGCUUUUCUACUUUUGGCUAUUCACUAUGUUCCUGAAGCACUUUUUGACCUGACUCGAAUAAUUCAUUGUGCUGGUAAAACUGACAUUUCUCAACAUGGUUUUGUUUUUUGGGCGGUGAGUUUUGUAUUGGCUAGAGUUGCCACCAUUAGUCUGGCAGUAUUUAUUAUUGGGUUUGGCUUAUCAAAGUAUAACGUGCCUAAUGUCGAUAUUGCCCAUGGGAAUUUUAACACUCAAACUUUACGUGUUGGAUGGUUAGCCGCAAUAGUUUUAAUUCAAGCUUGGAUGGCUUGGAACUUUAUAACGUUUCAAGUACGCCGCUACCGUGAAAGAACUCCUCAAAAGAAACCAAAAUCGGAUGGAAAGCAAGAAAAGAAGAAGAAAAAGCAUGAAAAUGGCCUAGAAAAAUCUCCGUCAUUAAAAAAUAAAAAAGAAUAAACGUCAUUAUAUUCUUAAUUUAAUAUCUGCCCAAUAUCUCAUGUAAUCGAUUCUAUUAAUAGGAAAUAGUCGAAUUUUUUUAAA